AUGCAGGCGGUUCUACAGCAGAUUCAUCAAGCCAACGUAAAGGCACUCUUGCUGAGUAGAAUAAACCUAUUCGUUAUUGUGUUUAAUUGUGUGGCAAUGUUUAUGCUCCUCGUGACGUGGUCAGUGUCGAUUUCAAAGGAGGGUGGCGGUGUACUGAAGCGCUACGUGGCUUGCAUUUUUGCCUUUAUUCUCCUUGCGAUAGCCACCUUCGUCUCUGUGCUGGUGUGCCGCCUGCAACCGCAGCUGCCGCUUUACUACGCCCACGAAAUCAUCUCGAUACUCGCUCUCGUUCUCACCGCCAUCUCAAUGGGCAUGAACGACGUGGUGGUGGACCUCUGCAACACUAAGCAGGCGCUGGGAAGCACGCAGUGCGGCGCCCACACUGGCGAACUUGUGGCGGAAGUCAUGGCGUGCCUCGCAAUGGGAUUUAAUUACGCCUCUACGCAGCAGCGCAUUGUAAACUUCAUUGACAAGGGUAUCCUUGACGGCAUUAAGGGGCGGACGGGCGGCAUGACGCAGCUGCCAUAG